CCGGGGCCACCGGGGCUCACGGGAUCCCUCUGCCCAUGGCAAAGAAAUUGCUCCGUCUGAUUCCCUCCUCUCCUCUGUUGCAAAAUUAUCAGAGAACUAAGGCCUGCAAGCACUGAAUAAACACAUUACCUUCUUCGAGAAAAACUAACAAACCACAGUUCACCAAGUGCCCCCGCCUAAGAUCGUUGUGAAAAUCCCUUUGGUCUGUAGCAGGAGAGCCUGAGGGGGUUUUCACAAGAAGUGACACGAUGUCAGAGAAGCGUGUUCAGCUACUGGUUCUUCACAUGACUCUUGUAGGCUCGGUCCUCUGUGGGAACGUGCUGAUUUGGCCCACUGAGGGAAGCCACUGGCUGAAUAUUAAGAUCAUUCUAGAAGAGCUGAUUCAGAGGAACCAUACUGUCACAGUGCUAGUUUCCUCCGCUCCCCUCUUCAUCAACUCCAGCACCGACUCCGCCAUAAAAUUUGAGCUGUACCCCGUGCCCUUUGGCAAGCACGAAAUAGAUUCCUUGAUCCAUGAUAUGAUCAUGCUGUGGCUGAACCACAGGCCCACCUCCUUGACGCUUUGGAGGUUCUACAAGGAGCUGGGAAAACUGUGUGAAAGCUUCUUUAAGAUCAAUAUGCAGAUCUGUGACGGAGUGCUAGCCAACCAGCAGCUGCUGGCCAAACUGAGGAAGGGGCGCUUUGACGUGUUAGUGUCGGACCCCGUCACUAUCUGCGGGGACCUGAUUGCUUUGAACUUGGGGAUCCCGUUUCUGUUCACCCUGCGAUUCACCCCGGCCUCAACCGUCGAGAGACACUGCGGGAAAAUCCCCUCUCCUGCCUCCUAUGUGCCUGCGGCUCUGUCAGAACUCACCGACCGCAUGCCCUUCGGGGAAAGGGUGAAAAACGUUUUAUCGUACCCUCUGCAAGACUAUAUCUUCCAGUCCUACUGGGGAGAGUGGGAUUCCUACUACAGCAAAAUCCUGGGGAAACCAACCACGCUCUGUGAAACUAUGGGGAAGGCAGAAAUGUGGCUAAUCAGGACCUACUGGGAUUUUGAAUUUCCUCGCCCCUACCUGCCUAACUUCGAGUUUGUCGGAGGUCUCCACUGUCAGCCUGCAAAGCCUCUGCCUGAGGAGAUGGAAGCGUUUGUGCAGAGUUCCGGGGAGCACGGCAUCGUGGUCUUCUCCCUGGGCUCCAUGGUCAAAAACCUAACGGAGGAGAAGGCCAACCUGAUCGCUGCAGCCCUCGCCCAAAUUCCCCAGAAGGUCUUGUGGAGAUACAAAGGAAAGCAGCCAGCCACCCUGGGGCCGAACACUAAGCUCUACGACUGGAUUCCUCAGAACGAUCUCCUUGGACACCCCAAAACCAAAGCCUUCAUCACCCACGGAGGCACCAACGGGAUCUACGAGGCCAUCUACCACGGGGUGCCCAUGGUGGGCAUCCCCAUGUUCGCCGACCAGCCGGACAACAUUGCCCACAUGAAGGCCAAGGGGGCAGCUGUAGAAGUGGACUUCAGCAGGAUGACAACCAACGACUUGCUCGGGGCCCUGAACACCGUCAUCAACGAAGCUUCCUACAAGGAGAGCGCCCUGCGCCUGUCACAGAUCCACCACGACCAGCCCAUGAAGCCGCUGGACCGGGCCGUCUUCUGGAUCGAGUUUGUCAUGCGGCACAAGGGAGCGAAGCACCUGAGGCCGGCCUCCCACUCCCUCACUUGGUAUCAGUACCACUGCUUGGACGUCGUCGCCUUCCUGCUCGCCUGCGCAGCCCUGGGCCUCUUCAUCAUCGCCAAGUGCUGCCUCUUCUGCUGCAGGAAGCUCGGGAGGACAGAAAAGAAGAGGAAGAGGGAGUGAGCCCUCCAAGAGAGGGGCUCUCGGUCCCACGCCCACCCCCACCUCCCGACAAGGACUUGGGCAGGGACGCCAGCCCCUGCCCAGGCAUCUCCCCCUCCAUCCUCUCCCCAUUUUCUCCCCAAUGCCCAUAAAUCCCCAGAAGUCAGGCUGUCUGUAGUGUAAGUUCCUCCUCUGCAUCUCCACAGAGUCCGAGCAUCCACCCCCUGAGGCUGGGCAAGCCUCUGCCACUAGUAUCCAUGAAGCAUAGCCACUUCCUCCCCUAAUAUAUUCUCCAUCAGUGGUACCCAGGGAUGGAGACGGGCUGUAGUAGAAGCUUACCUUUGGCCCUAUGGCUGGACAAGCUAAUGUCUAACUUGACAUCAUGUGUCCCAGUCUUGCUUGGCAUUUGAAUCGAUAGGUCUCGUUUAUUCUUUCCCCCUCUUUAGGCCAAUCCGAAGAACCGUGGUUGACUCAAGUGUUCGCCGUCUGUAGCAUUUACACAAAGGGGGUUUUGCUCUCUCGGUAGUCAACGCUUUGGCUUUUGGUUGCGGAUGUAAAUCACUUGAGGGGCAAUCAGAUCAAAACCAAAUAAAAUGUUUUAAAAAAAAAAUUCCCACGGGAAUGUCCGGCGUCUAUUGUACUUCCCAAGAGCUUAGUA